AUGAGUGUGAGCCCGCAGUUUGUCAACGCCGCUGUGGCACCGAACCUCAAUCUGCAGGUUGCGAUCAAGAACAACUCGAGCGGCGACGUGGUAUACUUCCAGUCCGAAUUAGAUCUUUCGGCUGUUUUUACCGAGGCCGGCAGCAUGGCGUCGACCGAGUUUAUCAGCAUGUGGCAGAGUAUCGCCGAAGCGAACAAGCACUACUUUACGUUGCCAAGCGGUCCAUCGACGGAAAGACGAUUGCGUACUUCUCGGUCAAUAUUUGCGUACUUCUCGGUGAAGACCAUGACAAAUAUUGUGGCACUCUUCGAGCUCACAUUCGACGACACGGGUACCACGAAGGUAUGUCUCAAACUGGAACAAGUCGGUUGCGUCGAAAGCUUUGCACUAUUAUGUUGGAGCGCUUCCUCACCUUUCUUUUUUCAAGGUCGCCCAAGUUGGUAUUUGUGA